GAGAAUAGUACUAAAGAUUUCGCUGUCCUGUGUACAUAGUACAUUAUAGUUGCUUGUUGGCUGAUGGUUUUGUUCUCUAGUGUUUGGGAUAUUGCCUCCAAAUAAGUUCUGACAUGAGACUCAAGAGUUCCAUUGGUUAGAUUCAGUGCUUAGUCCUCCAACCUUCAGCAAAUUAACUUGAGCUCAUGUAUUUGCACACAGACUUGUCUCCUCCAUAAAAGAGCUGACGUGAACAAAUUGAAAAGUAUAUUCAUUAAAGUUCUUUUCAACUUCAAAAUACAAUUUCACUAGUGAUUUUUUUUUCUUUUUAUUGUUCUUAACUGGGAAGAACUAUGCUUUGUUAAUAAAACUUGGACCUAAUGUACAUUUUCUCUGAUUAGAGUUACAUUGAUUUGGCAAGUAAAAAACUGGGCAUAUCCAUGUUUAAAAAAAAAAAAAAAAAAAACUUACUGUAGAAUAGCAGAUGCCAGCUAACUGAAUGUAUUGUGACUAGUUGAGGAACAUGACCAAAGCAUCACCAGGAAGGUGAGACUAAAGGAAGAAAUAAUUUACACACCUGCUUAGGGUGUGGCUGGAGGUACAGGGACUAUAAGGAAUGAGUCCUUGACUAUAACCUUGCAGGUAUGCAUAGAUCAUUAGAGAAGCAAGUUCUCAAAGGACAGCUGUGUCCAAAGGUGAAGCCGAAGCCUAGGCUCCAGCACAUAAGAAAAAGAACAGUUAAGGAAAGAAACACCUGAAACUGCCUGGGAAUUGUGAGGAAAUAAUGCAAAAGGUGUCUCAAGGCUCCUGACCAGUGAACAAAGAUUUGAGAAAGACAGCCAAGCUCAUGUUUUCUCCUGAUCAAGAAAACCAUCCUUCCAAAGCCCCAGUGAAAUAUGGUGAACUCAUUGUCUUAGGGUAUAAUGGGUCUCUCCCAAAUGGCGAUCGAGGAAGGAGGAAAAGUAGGUUUGCUUUGUUUAAAAGACCCAAGGCAAAUGGGGUGAAGCCCAGCACCGUGCAUAUUGCAUGUACUCCUCAAGCCGCCAAGGCGAUAAGCAACAAGGACCAGCACAGCAUAUCAUACACGUUGUCUCGGGCCCAGACGGUGGUGGUGGAGUAUACUCAGGACAGCAACACUGACAUGUUCCAGAUUGGUCGGUCAACUGAGAGUCCUAUUGACUUUGUGGUGACCGACACAGUCCCUGGGAGUCAGAGUAACUCGGACACGCAGUCAGUGCAAAGCACCAUCUCCAGAUUCGCCUGUAGGAUCAUAUGUGAGCGCAACCCCCCCUUUACAGCCCGGAUUUAUGCUGCAGGGUUUGAUUCAUCUAAAAACAUCUUUCUUGGGGAAAAGGCCGCCAAGUGGAAGACCUCUGACGGGCAGAUGGACGGCUUGACCACUAACGGCGUUCUUGUGAUGCAUCCCCGCAAUGGGUUCACGGAAGACUCCAAGCCUGGAAUAUGGCGAGAAAUAUCAGUGUGUGGAAAUGUAUUCAGUCUGCGAGAAACCAGAUCAGCCCAACAGAGAGGAAAGAUGGUGGAAAUCGAAACCAAUCAGCUACAAGAUGGCUCCUUAAUUGACCUUUGUGGUGCAACCCUGCUUUGGCGUACUGCAGAAGGCCUUUCCCAUACGCCUACUGUGAAGCACUUAGAAGCUCUCCGACAGGAAAUCAACGCAGCACGACCUCAGUGCCCUGUAGGCUUCAACACACUAGCCUUUCCCAGCAUGAAGAGGAAAGACGUUGUAGAUGAAAAACAACCGUGGGUAUAUCUGAACUGCGGCCAUGUUCAUGGUUAUCAUAACUGGGGGAACAAAGAAGAACGUGACGGAAAAGAUCGUGAAUGUCCUAUGUGUAGGUCUGUCGGUCCCUAUGUCCCUCUGUGGCUUGGAUGUGAAGCUGGAUUUUAUGUGGACGCCGGCCCCCCCACCCAUGCCUUUAGCCCUUGUGGGCACGUGUGUUCAGAAAAGACGACGGCCUAUUGGUCCCAGAUCCCGCUUCCUCAUGGUACUCACACUUUCCACGCAGCCUGCCCCUUUUGUGCGCACCAGUUGGCUGGUGAACAAGGCUAUAUCAGACUUAUUUUCCAAGGACCUCUAGACUAACAGCUGUCUCUAGGACUGCAUUAGAAGUUUAUAAGCUAAGUGAGUUGGGUUUUCCGACCCAUUGUCCAUGUAAGUUUCUCUGCUCUGGUCAUUUGCAUUAAGAUGAAGAAUUUUUUAAAUAUUUAUAAUAGCAAUUUCUGAGAAAAAUCUGGGAAACUCAAGCAAAGGAAUUUUUGAAAGUUCCAGACUUCUGAAUUCUGAGUUUUGAAAAUAUAUUUUGAGGAGAAAAAGACAUAGUCUAAUUUGAUGCCUUCGUUUUAGUGUUUUUGAAUCACCAUCCAUCCUCAGUGUUGAGUUGUUAUGUAUAACUGAGGGUCUGUUGGUUCAAACUAUGUUAGUUUACAGUUUGUUGCAAACAUUGUAAAAUACAGCAACAUGUAUAUUAAUUUUUUUCUAUUUAUCUUUAUCAUAGAAAAUACCUUAGGAUGUCGUGAUAGAACAGCAUGGUAUCGAUGGUGUCGCACACUUCCGGUGUGAGUGAUAGUUUAGUGAGCACAUCGCUCAAGGAUUUGCAGAGUUAAGGAGAAAGACAGAGAGCGCUUCCUUCCCCCGGGCCCGUGUAAGUAGGGAACCUGAUGAACUAGAGUAUUUCAUAAAACCAGAUUCACAUUAAUUACCAUUGUCUAAGAGGUGUUUGUUUUUAACCACAUUGAAGUUCAUCGGAAAACAUUUUUUUCUUAAUGUUUCUCUCAAGUGUAGUACUAUAACAAAAGCUAAUGCUAAGAGACAUUUUAUAUGCUCCUUUGAAUAUGCAAUCUAAUCUAGAUGAUCUAUUUUUCUCCCAUGGUAACUGAUCUGUUUUUAGUGCCAGCGACAUUUGGCAAGUUUAUUUUUUUGGAUAUAAACUGUGGUUCAUCUGUUCACUGUUUCUAAAAAAAAAAGAAAAAAAGAAAAAAGAAAAAAAUCCUAUGAGAAAGUACAUAAAUUAACAAGAAAUUAACAAGAAAAGAAAAUUACUUGAUUUGCCUUUAGAAAUAUGAAAUAAAAAGUGUUUCGUUAAUCACUCUGUAUUUGGAUUAUUCCAGACAUUAGAAACCUAGAGCUACAGAGGGUUGAAUGUCAGUGGUACCUCCCUUUUGACCCAGCAGACCAGCCUUCACUGGGGGCCUGACUCCUGAGGGGGACCAGCCUUCA